AUGUCGCCAACGCAACCGACGGAGACAGCCGCCCUCGUGCGCCAGGACCGGCCCUCAUUCCAUAUUGCACCCCAACAAGGAUGGAUGAACGGUGAUUACGUGCAGGCUUGUCUCUCGCCUGUGACAAAGUACUCGCACGAAACGGUUUCAGCAGAUCUUUCGAAAUCAUCCUUGGUUCAGGUUCUACCAACAUAUUCCCAAGGGCUGCACCUGGCAGUUCGGCCUGGUCUGGGGCCAUUGUGUUUCACGCGACCUUGUCAACUGGGAGCAUCUACCACCCGCAAUCGAAUGCACACCUGGAAGUUUAGAUGCCGAUGGCUGCUUCAGCGGCUGCGCAACGCUAGACGAGAACGGCGUUCCGACUAUCCUAUAUACGACCCCAAGCUGACGUACUGGACGAAGAUUGAGUACCCUUGGCUGUCACUGCCACCGCCGUCCAACGGACUGGAGCGCCUCGCUGGCUGGCGUGACCCUGCCAUCAUCAGCCGACCGGGGGAUGAGGGCUCCGACUGCUGGACUAUGAUUAUUGGCAGCGGUGUCAAGGACAGUGGCGGCAGCGUUCUCGUGUACACCUCGAAAGAGCUACUGGAUGGAUGGCAAUUUCACGGCGAGCUUUGCCACGGUCGUGGGAACGGCGCAGACACGGGCUUCAUGUGGGAGUGUCCGAUCCUUUUUAAGCUUUCAACUCUCCCGCGCAACGCGUCGCUUUUUGGAAGCGGAGGACAGCCUGAUGCAUGUACAAAUCCAUCAUACUACUGGCUGGGGCCGUAUGACCCCGUCUCGAGGCGCUUCGACCUGGCAACCUCGCAAGGCCCUUACCGCCUGGACCUUGGAAACGUCCUGUAUGCGCCCAAUAUUCUCCACGACACUGCCAAGGGCCGGACGCUUCUGUGGGGUUGGGGCCAAGAGCAGCGGAACAAGGUGGACGUGUACGACUACGCGGGGUGCUUAACUCUUCCGCGAGUCAUGUGGCUCCAGUACUGUGCAGAUCCCUCCACUGACUCGUCUACGGAUUCUGCGGUCUGCUCUUUGGCGCUUCAUCAGCAGCCUUUGCCAGAGCUGGCGGAGCUGCGCCACCCGCUUCGCUCCUGGCGCUUGCAAGAUGCGCUGCCCUUGGGGGUCAUGGAUCUAAUCGUUGACGGCGGGGCGAAGAUGCCGGUGCCAACCGUAUCGGGUCCCUUCCUGGACUUGGAGCUGGUUUUCCAGCCCGCGGCCGACUGCAACGCCGACGAGCCACGUUGCUCAGCGUCGGGGCUCCUGCUGCAGAGCUGGAGCAGCGGCCCUGAGGGCUCAGCAGCGCUAAUUUACAAUUGGGACACCGGCAUUCUUGAGGUCGUUUACGAGGCAAUCGACCCGGCUACGCUUACCUUCAGCUUGGCGGCCCCAGGGGUGCGGCGAGUCGGCGGCCGGCUGCAGCGGCCGCCUGCCCCGGGCAGCCCGUUGUCACUUCGCGUGUUCCUGGACUACUCCUGCCUCGAGGUGUUCACGGGAGAAGGCGAGGUGCUCACGGCGCGAGUCUACCGCGGCAGUGCGCCCACCAACCCUGGGUAUCCCGCGGGUUCUAGCUCGGGUAUUGACUUCAUAUCCGCUGACGGUCCCACACGGCUCAUCCACUUUGCGGCGUAUGAGAUGCAGCCCGCCUUCCAGUCAGGCAUCAGCAGCGAAGAUGAGGCAACGGCGUCUGUGCCGUUGCCAUACGAGUCGCUUCUGGAGGGUGUAGAGCGGUUGGAGAUGGCUGGCGCCGCUGGUGGUGCAGCUUAA